GUGGAGGUUGAGGUUUCCGGUACGGUGCCUGGGUUAAGCUCUGCUUUGGAUAUCCCCACCAAGGCAUUCGUUGCUGAAGCGUCUCCCUUUCUCUCUUUUCCCUUCGCGGAUGUUACGGUUGUCUUGAGUAGAGUGGCCUGAUCCUGCUCCUCGGCAUGCUGAGGCUGCGGAUUUUUCUCCUCAUGACCGUCCCGUCCCGCGCGCCCGGUAAUGGAGGCUCCAUAUGAUGGUGGUGAAGUAACUGUGGUAAUGGAGGAGAUAGAAGGUACCUACACCUAUGCAUCUCCAGUGCCGUCUAAAAAGAAGAAGAAAUAUAGAAGUCCUGGAGAUCAAGGGGAAAAAGCUAAAAAACCCAGAUCUGCAUACCUUCUGUACUAUUAUGACAUCUACCUGAAAGUUCAACAGGACCUCCCACAUCUCCCUCAGUCUGAAAUUAACAAGAAGAUCAGUGAGAGCUGGAGGCUGCUCAGUGUGGCUGAGAAAAGUUAUUAUUUGGAGAAGGCCAAAUUAGAGAAAGAAGGUUUAGACCCGAACUCGAAGUUGUCUUCACUGUCUGCUGUCGUUCCGGACAUUCCAGGUUUCCGUAAAAUCCUUCCUCGCUCAGAUUACAUAAUUAUUCCCAAAGGCGCUCUCCAAGAGGAGAGGAGUAAGCAGCACUUUGAACUCUGUGUGGCCCAGGGCCAAACAGCAUCAGAAGGCCUGACAGCAUCUGCUAAUGCCACGGGCACUUCCCACAGUGCUGUGCAGAACAUCCUUUCUGUAGAAUCCAGCCAAGUUGGCAUUUCUGAGCAGUGCAUUGCCAUUGAAGGGGUUGCAGAAGACGCAGCCUCAUUUGUUCAGUCAGACACAAUAGAAGAAGUUGUUGCAUCAGAAAUCUUGUCUCACUAUGCCCAACCUACAGCCCAUAAAGUAGCUGGAGAGGUCAUCCUGGAUGAGACCCCUUUGGAAGUGGGAGACAGCUAUCCUUAUCAAACAGCCAGUGUGGUUAUUGAAGAGACUCUGGUUAACAGCUCCUCAGAUGCCUCCAAUGGGAGUGUUAGUGUGGCACAACCACAGAUUUCAGAUGGCCUCUCUGUGGUAACAGUGCUGACCAGAAGAGAUAGAGAAGAAAGUAAUACUUCAACGCCUACUGCACAGUUCAUUAUGCUACCUCUGCCAGCUCAUUCUGUUCUGGAAAAUCCAGCAUCCAUCAAACUGACAACUACUUACACUCGCAGAGGGCAUGGAAAUUGCUCCAAUCCUGGCUGUUCCUUUACUUAUGUGACCAGACACAAGCCACCAAAAUGCCCUCUGUGUGGAAACUUCCUGGGAGGGAAAUGGAUCCCAAAGGUGAAGCAGACAAAAGGCAAAUCUGAGCCAAAUUCAGGUGUGCCUAUAAAAACGUUGGGGCCCAAAAGAAGUCAGCCACCGUCAGCCUUAGGACAGGCAGUGGUACAGGACGGUGCAUCGAAAUGUACUCUAGAGGUCUCUGAAGCUGUGAGCCAGCUACUGAAUGCAGCUCCUUCUGGGGGACAGAUGCAGGAGACUGAGUGGGAAGAAGUGAUAAUCUCUGAGGCUCACAUCCUUGCAAAUAAUGUUCGGCCAGAGGAGCAAGGAAGUUCUCCGGCAGUUAUUCAGCUUCAAGAGAGCUCUGCAUGCGUGGACUCUUCAUUAGAACAGAAGGAGAAGGAAAAUGAAGGGCUGGAGACCCAGUCAUCUACUGAAGUGGUGAACUCUGCAAAUGCGCUUUCAAACCCAACGUCUGCAGUGAAACAAGCAAUCGGGCUAGAAGGUUCUGUGAAGGAAAUUGAUGAAAAAAAUUCCCCUUUAAGAAUCUCAGGACUGAAGCCUAAUACUCUGAAGCAGCUGGGCCAGUCUCCCCUGCCGUGUGCAGAAGAACACAAGCUCCCUGGCAACACAAACAGCUCAGCAUCUCAGGUCAAAGUGGUGGAGGUCAAGCCAGAUGUAUUCCCUUCUUACAAGUACAGCUGCACUGUAACCCUGGAUCUGGGGCUGGCAACGUCACGAGGCAGAGGCAAGUGUAAGAACCCUUCUUGCAACUAUAUAUAUACUAAUCGGCACAAGCCACGGAUCUGCCCCAGCUGUGGCUACAAUCUUGCCAAAGACAGAACUGAGAAAACAGUGAAAUCACUGGAGGCCACUGCUGGCCCCAGGGAUGUAUUGAACACCAGUGAGCCUUUAAUCCAGUCCCAAAAAGAAAUCCAGCGCCAAUCUACUCUGCAGCUUCUACGCAAAGUAAUACAGAUCCCAGAGAAUGAAUCUGAGCUGGCUGACGUAUUUGCACUGAUUCAUGAACUCAACAGCUCUCGGCUCAUCCUUUCCAACAUGAACGAGGAGACAGUCACCAUUGAGCAAACCUCUUGGUCAAAUUACUAUGAGUUUCCAUCCUCUCAGUGUCUUCUCUGUAGCAGCCCCUUAUUCAAAGGGGGCUUGAAUUCCCUUGCAGGCCCUCAGGAGUGCUGGUUGCUGACAGCUAACCGGCUGCAAGUGGUCACUGCUCAGCUCAAGGUGUGUGUGAAUGUGCAAUGCUUGGCCCUCCACAGUUUCAAUGAUAUAUACACAGGCUUGUUUAAUGUAGGCAACAAGCUUUUGGUGAGCCUGGACCUUCUGUUCACUAUAAGAAAUCAUAUUAAACUCGGCGAGGAUCCUAAGGUGGCCAUCAGCAGUAUCUUGGAAUCUGUGCAGGAGCAGACUGAGAAAAAUCUGAACACUGAGGAGUUGAGUCAGCUUGAGGAACUGCUGUGCAAUGGAUAUUGGGCCUUUGAAUGCCUUACUGUCCGGGACUAUAAUGAUAUGAUCUGUGGUAUCUGUGGCAUUGCACCCAAAGUUGAGAUAGCCCAGAGGAAUGUGGAAAAUGUUUUGUCGCUGAAAAAUAUUGAGUUUACCUGGCCAGAAUUCUUGGCAUCUAGUGAAGUAAAUGUAGAAGAUUUCUGGUCUACUAUGGAGACUGAAGUCAUAGAGCAAGUGGCAUUUCCUUCCAGCAUCCCUAUCACAAAAUUUGAUGCCUCUAUCAUAGCCCCCUUUUUCCCACCGCUGAUGAGGGGCUCUGUGGUUGUCAACACAGAGAGAGAGAAGAACUUUGAAGCACAUACAGUUCCAGGCAACGCAAGUUUUCUGGUGAGGCUGAUUCAGGAUGAAGCCUGUAAAAUGGAGCAGAUUGGUUCUUACAGCAAGGAAGAGCUCCAGAAUGUCUUGACACAGUGCAGUAUUCCGUGGGAUGCGGGUGACUCAAAGGAGCAACUCUGUCUUUCUCUGCUGGCUCUGUAUGAUUUUGUACAGAAUGGGACACAGAUCAAACAGCCCCCUGCACAUUUGACUGGUGGAAAAAUUUACAAAGUGUGCCCACACCAGGUCGUGUGUGGCUCAAAAUACAUUGUGAGAGGGGAAAGUCCCCGGGACCAUGUGGAUCUCCUAGCCUCUUCACGCCACUGGCCACCAGUCUAUGUAGUAGACUUGGCCACUUCUGUGGCAUUGUGUGCAGAUAUCUGCUAUCCUGACUUGACUGCUCAGAUGUGGGGGAGGAACCAGGGUUGCUUCUCUGACCCCAUGGAACCUUUAAGGUACGUGUCCUGCCCAGAACUUCUGGACAGACACUACAAUGUGGACAUGACCAGUGCUGAACAUUCUAUCCAGCACCCAGUCACCAAGUCUGCAUCCCGCCGAGUAGUUUUUACUGGGACAGAGCAGAGCACUCAGAGUGACUCAACAGCCCGACAUCAUUCUCUCUCUCUCUGCCGGGAACUAGAACCCUACAGUGCCAUCAUUGCAGCCAUCAAUGAUAGCAAAACGAGUAACGUCCGCCAGAGGCCUAUAACCUUUGACAGCGCAACCCACUAUUACCUCUACAAUCGCCUGAUGGAUUUCCUCUCUAGCCGUGAGAUUGUGAACAGGCAGAUUCAUGAGAUUGUGCAAAGCUGCCAGCCUGGUGAGGUGGUGAUCCGGGAUACCUUAUACCGCCUGGGUGUGGCCCAGAUCAAAACAGAAAUGGAGGAAGAUGAAGAAAUCCAAGGAGAGGACGGUGUGGUUUAACCUACUCUGAAGUGGUUGUCUUCUAGCCAUAGAGAUAUGAGAGCUAGGCUGUCGAGGCACCCCUGCAGAUAGCUCAAGCCGUUUAUCACGCCGACGAGUGCCAGGUCUGAACCGCUUUGACAGCUUACAUUGACCAAAGAGUCAUGUGCUUCCAUGAAAUCUGGAUUUACUCCUGUGGGUUCGAGAUCUGCAAAAGCCUUGCUAUAAAAAGGGCAGUUUCUCUUUCCAGUAUGUCGUUUGGAUCUGUAAGCUAGCCAGGACAGGGUGGCGUAGGAGAGAGAAGGAUGUUUUGGGUGGCUGGAAGCUGGCAAGGGGAAGGCAAAUGGGUUUACAGUAGAACUUGGCCUGUUUUUGAAGUGUAUACAUUGCUGUGUUUUUGGGGAUCGUAAGGGGAUGGAAAAGAGCAGAGAAUGUUUAUGCACCCCCAAUGCUAUAGCCUAUGUUUGAUGGUCAUAAUAGACUGAUGAGCCUCUUCUGGAGCCCC